AGACAAAGGUACCACCAGCAUCCUCAUCCCCACCACCCUCUCUGAAAUCUACUACUACCACCGCUAUCCCCACAAGCGGCUAGACAGGCAGCCCCCCGCCCCGUUGCAAACUGCGGCUAUGUGGCUCUGGCACCGAGAUUAUUAUAGCGACCGCAGCAGCAGCAGCAGCAGCAGCAGCAGAAGCUAGGCUACAGAGGUCGCAGUCUCUCUCGCAGUCGCAGCGGCAGAGACAAGGCCGCUCUUCUCUUCUCUUCUUCCUUUCCUUGUGCAUAGCGUAGCGGCUAGCUGUUGCAGCAGCAGAGAGGUCUCCACUUCCCUUUCCUCCCACCCCGAGAAAGCCAAAAAAAGAAAAAUUAUUUUUCAAAAAAAAAGCUCGCCUCGCCCUCGCGUCGUCGUCCCCAUCACCCCCCCUCCUCCGCUCCGAGUACGCGUGCGUAUACCACCACCUCCAUCUCCACCACCGUAUGUAUCUACGGUGAGGCGGCGGCGGCGGAGGAGGAGGAGGAGGGGGAGUGGUGAGGGUUUCAUCUGCGGAGGAGGAGGGAGGAGGAGGGAGGAGGGUAGAUCUGGGAGGGGGAUGGGGAACAGGAUAGGGGGGAGGAGGAAGGCGGGGGUGGAGGAGAGGUACACGAGGCCGCAGGGGCUGUACGAGCACAGGGACAUCGACCAGAAGAAGCUCCGGAAGCUGAUCCUCGAGGCCAAGCUCGCGCCGUGCUACAUGGGCGCCGACGACGCCGCCGCCGCCGCCGACCUCGAGGAGUGCCCCAUCUGCUUCCUGUACUACCCAAGUCUUAACCGAUCAAAGUGUUGCUCAAAAGGGAUAUGCACCGAGUGCUUUCUCCAAAUGAAACCAACUCACACUGCUCAGCCUACACAAUGUCCAUUCUGCAAAACUCCCAGUUAUGCUGUGGAGUAUCGUGGUGUAAAGACAAAGGAGGAAAGGAGCAUAGAACAAUUUGAAGAGCAGAAAGUCAUAGAAGCACAAAUGAGGAUGCGCCAGCAAGCACUUCAAGAUGAAGAAGAUAAGAUGAAAAGAAAACAGAACAGGUGCUCUUCUAGCAGAACAAUCACACCGACCAAAGAAGUGGAGUAUAGAGAUAUUUGCAGCACAUCCUUUUCAGUGCCGUCAUACCGAUGUGCUGAGCAAGAAACUGAAUGCUGUUCAUCGGAACCUUCAUGCUCUGCCCAGACUAGCAUGCGCCCUUUCCAUUCUAGGCAUAACCGUGAUGAUAACAUUGACAUGAAUAUAGAGGAUAUGAUGGUUAUGGAAGCGAUUUGGCGUUCCAUUCAGGAGCAGGGAAGUAUAGGGAAUCCUGUCUGUGGCAACUUUAUGCCUGUAACUGAGCCAUCUCCGCGUGAACGCCAGCCAUUCGUUCCAGCUGCUUCUCUAGAAAUACCUCAUGGUGGUGGAUUUUCCUGUGCGGUUGCGGCAAUGGCUGAGCACCAGCCACCCAGUAUGGACUUCUCUUACAUGGCUGGCAGCAGCGCAUUCCCAGUUUUCGACAUGUUCCGGCGACCAUGCAACAUUGCUGGUGGAAGCAUGUGUAAUCUGGAGAGCUCACCGGAGAGCUGGAGCGGGAUAGCACCAAGCUGCAGCAGGGAAGUGGUAAGAGAAGAAGGAGAGUGCUCGGCUGACCACUGGUCGGAGGGUGCAGAGGCCGGAACAAGCUACGCGGGCUCAGACAUCGUGGCAGAUGCCGGGACCAUGCCGCAGCUGCCUUUCGCCGAGAACUUCGCCAUGGCGCCAAGCCACUUCCGCCCGGAGAGCAUCGAAGAACAGAUGAUGUUUUCCAUGGCUCUUUCUUUAGCAGAUGGUCAUGGAAGAACACACUCGCAAGGGUUGGCAUGGUUGUAGGUAGAGCACUCUAAUUUUGACGCCUUGCUGCCCUCUCCCUUGCGCUGCUGUUGCUGCCCUUCUCUCCCCUGCCUCCUGCUUCUGCCUCCUUUUUGCCACCAGCUCUUGGCCUUUUUGUUCACCCCUUUUUUGCAUGUGUUUUGUCGUCAUGGUUUGAUAUAGAUCCAGCUAUAGCUCUCCAUUGUUAUUGCUUAUAUGUAUGUAAAAUGGAAUAUGAGGAAAUAGAAAAAAGGAAAAUGGGUCAACAGUUCUUUUGGCAGUAGGAUGUGAAUUGUUUUUUUGGUUGCGAAAGCGUAUAGCAUCCUUCAAUUCUUGCAGUUGGAAGCAAUGUUUGCAGGUUGCAUGUAUGUUUGUGAUUUCACAUCCUUAUUGUGUAAGAAUGUUACACUUACAGCAGCCAAUGGAAGAGCUAUCUCGAUGAGAGGCGAGCUGCUACCAGCAUUCAGCCA